CGAGUUCCUCCAGCAGCGGAAUGAGUUCCGAAGUUCCGGUCGAAACCACCUCGGUCGCCAUGGUUGUGCCUUCCUCAUCGCUGCCCUUCGGGUCAAGUGUGGGGGCCGCCACCAUGACCUCCUUCUCGAUGCCGAGCUCGAUCUUUGGGUCGGCCCCUCGACCCAUACCUGGGCUCGAAACCACGGGGGAUAACCCCGUCGGCAAUUCGAACCCGUUUCUCGGACCGACUAUGGCUUCGGCCUCGACGGUCAACUUUGGACCGAACACGGGUUUCCCCGCACCGGUCAAUCCUUUUGUUGGACCUCAUUGGGCGAGCAACGGGCCUUUCUUCCAUACGCCCAAUGCAGUUGGGGCUAUCUCAGUGCCCGCUAGCUUGGUCCGAAGGCCACCGAAGUUCAAUGGCACGAACUUCAAAAUGUGGCAACAAAAGAUGAUGUUCUUUUUGACCGUCCUGGGAUUUGCUGAGUACCUGCAACAAGAUCCCCCCCAGCCCAAUGAAGCCAACGACCCCCUUGUGGCGAUGGUGAACCAAGCAUGGUACCACAACAACUAUCUCGCCAUCAAUAUUAUUCUUGAAGGGCUGGGAGAUACGUUGUACCCCGUCUAUGCCGGUGCCAAGCUUGCAAAAGAGCUUUGGAAUAGCUUGAACAAGAAGUAUCAAGCUGAAGAUGCCGGCACGAAGAAGUUCAUCGUCGGGAAGAUGCUGGACUACAAGAUGGUCGACAGCAAAUCUGUUGUCGCCCAAGCUGAAGAGCUUACGGUUAUCUUCAAUAAAUGCAAUGAAGAGAAAGUAGGCGUCAGCGAGGCCUUCCAAGUGGCGGCCAUCAUCCACAAACUUCCCCGGUCGUGGGAAGACUUCCAAGCCGACCUCAAGCUCAAAAGAACGGAGCUAAACCUGGAGCAACAGCUCACGCGGUUGAGAAUCAGAGAGGAGGGGCUUGCCAGAAGAGGUGGAGGGGCAAAGGCGAAUGUGGUAGAACAUCCGUCGGGCUCUUCACAUGGCGGGAAGGACAAGAAAAAAUGGGUCCUAAGGGUGGUGUUUCAAAAUUUGCAGGGAAAUGCUACAAUUGUGGCAUUAUCGGGCAUCGUUCCUCCGACUGUAGGAAAAAGAAGCCACAGAAAAACAAGAAGAAAACCACCGAAGCUAUGUGUGCAGAGCUCGAAAACCUGGACCUCUGCGCAUUCGUCACCGAGGUGAAUCUCGUCGGGUCAAACCCGAGGGAAUGGUGAAGUGCCUAUGUCUGGUAAAACACACGAGAGCUAUAUGUCCUACCCUAUUGCAAUAAUGGAAUACUACGUUU